AUGGGCAGUGCUCCGGUGGGGGGUGUUUGUGCUUCCCGGAUUCGGCUCCACGACUGCAGCGUUAUCUCUGACCAGACUCCAGAGAUCACAGAGCUGGAGAACGAGGGACUGUGUGAUGUCAGACAGAGUGACUGCUCCACUGUACAGGUCUUUGGACAAGGCUUCAAAGACUCCUAUGAACUCAAGUGUGAAUUUUUGAAGGAAAAGUUUGUGGAUGGUGAGUGGACCCUGGACGAACCUCAGUUUUCCCUGGCUACCUUCCUGGAUGUGUCAGGUCUGGAGUGUCGGCUCCCCCUGGAGUACAGACAACCCACUGCAGGCGUGGACCUGGAUAUGGCCACCGGCAGACCCCUCGCACGCUGGCAGAUCAAA